AUGUUAGCGGGAAGGGGAUUUGGUGGCUUGAUGACCCAUGCCGCGCUUCACCACGCGCGCACUGCGCUCGGGGUGCUUCCGCUGCUACCGCUGUGGUGCAGUGCACAGAUUCGACAAACAACGCGUUCUGUUCCACGACUGCGGCCACGUCCGCGGGGAUGCCGAUUUCAUCGUGAAAACCAUUGCUUUGGUGCUGACGGCAGCCUGCGCAAUCCUCACCUGACAGAGAAGUGCAUCGCCGCCCCGAUGAUCCUUUCAAUCUAUGUUGCGAUUGCAGAUGGUGGACUGCGAGCGUUUGUACUCGGGGGUGUCCACCGAGUAGACAUCGCUGCGACUUUCAAGCGAUUGCCAGAGCAUGCUGACGAGUUGCGAAAGUUGGCGAACCGACAGGGUUCGUUGGGAUUCUGCUCUUGGGAACAACGGCUGGCUCCAAGGAGUGCAGUGCUGGCUCUUACAGAACCAGUGCCGGGCAUAUCGCAGCAGCGAGCUGCACUGUUAGAUGCUCUUCAAGGAGCACAGGCAGGGGCCGCCGGGGCUGGCGCCGUCUACGAAAGUCAGCUGAGGAACGAAGUCCGUUCCACAACUCUGCAGUCGGACAUGCGGGAACCUGCAGCACAACAAGCUGCAAAGAGUACCUUCACAGAACCCGGCGAUUCGAAGGUCUCCUCAUCUCUGUGUUGCCGUUCAACUAGGCCGCCAGUCCUCGACUCCAGCGGCGACACACAGGCACAUCGCCAAGAGCGGACUUCAAAGCAGAUGGCUCCAGUUCAGAAGGCCUCCACAGAAGAAGGCAAGCCUUCGGAAGAAUCCUCACGUGCCUCCUUGGCACCAACUGGACUUCAGCCCAGCAGCGCUCGCCUUCACGAGAGUGACAACGGGUUUCACGCAGCAGAAGCUGGCCAAGCUGUCAGUGCCACAGCCCAAAAGGAUGCCGGCCGGUCCCGCACCGGUGCGCUGGCUCUACAAGUGCAGCAGGCAAUGAAGGAGAGGCUCGAGAAGGAGGAAGAAGAAAGACGCUUGCAGCGGGAAGAGGAACAACUGAAGGCGAAUUGUUCCGCGGUCAUCGCCUCGCAAGACAGCGAAUAUCAAAGGAGCCUUUUGCAUGAUCAAGUCCGAGAUUUACAGAAGGGGGCUCGGGGACAUCGGCGAGCCCACUACAAAAUUCCAACAGAGACAAAUCCCGAAAACUUUCUAGUUGGAGCCCUGGUUAACAGUGACAAGUUGACU